AUUGAAUUAAUUCAAUGCUACAGAGUGAAUAUUCGAAGAGGUAGAUAGUGACUCGCUAAAUGGUCAUCUGUCACAUCUUAUUUAUUCAUUCAUUUCGUUCAAAUCUAUAAGUGAUUUGAGAUCUCAUCUACUUUCGCAUAAUAAGCGGUCGCUUUAUUGACUCAAGAAAUUAUAUCUAAUUCAGCCAUCAAAGAAAGAGCAGAAGGGUGAAAAUAUGGGCGAUAGGAAAUAUGUUAUUGAAGGAUUAUCUCCAAUGGUGCCCUUGCCAAAGGAGUCUUUUGGUGAAGUGAUUUACCGGAAUUUCUUGAAACAUGAAGAGGAUGAUGUAGCUCUGUACGAUGGAUAUUCUAAGAGGAAGGUGACGUACUAUGAGCUCAUCAUGCAGACCUGUUCAUUAGGAGAAGCUUUGCGAAUCAAUGGAUAUGCUGAGAAUACCGUCAUUGCCAUUUGCAGUGAAAAUAAUCUGCAGUAUUUUUUUCCAGUUAUAUCUGCCAUGUACAUCGGGGCAACCGUAGCUUUAAUUAAUUUCGAUUAUACUAUUGAAGAACUUGAGGGUAACUUGGGCAUUUCCAAACCGAAAGUUGUCUUUUGCUCCGAAGCCUUAGUUGAAAAGUUCUACGAGUUAAAGAAGAAAUUGAUAUUUAUUGAAAAAAUCAUCGUUAUUGACUCGGGUGAUAGUACAAGUAAAGCUAUGUGUUUGAAAGAUUUUAUAGAAGAAAGUUUGGAUGGAGCUUGGACCACCACUAUAGCUACAACGCAAGUGGACAUAAGGGAACAUGUAGCGUUUAUUAUGAACUCUUCCGGUACAACUGGAUUGCCUAAAGGGGUUAUGUUGACCCAUAAUAAUAUGAACACCUUAUAUGUACAUUUCAAAGAUCCUAGAAUACACGAUCAAGAGAGUGUUACCUUGUGCGUAGCUCCAUUUUUUCACGCGUAUGGAUUAUGUACCACUAUAACAGGCUUGAUGAUUUAUGGGUCCGUGGUUGUUUUCAAGGAAUUCGAAGUGCAAACAUUCUUGAAGGCUGUCGAAACCUAUAAAGUCAAGAGGUUGUUCGUGGUACCUCCAUUGGUAGUUUUUCUAUCAAAAAGCGAAUUGGUGGAAGAAUAUAACUUAUCUUCCAUCAAAGAAAUAAUAUCUGCUGCUGCACCUUUGAAGGAAUCAACAGAAAGAGAGAUCAAGAAGAGGCUGAAUUUAAAUCUGAUAAGACAAGCAUACGGACUGACUGAAACGACUUUCGCAGUGGUGUUCAGUGACAGGAAGGAGGAAAAAUGGAAACCAGGUUCUUCAGGAAAAGUUACCCCUUACAUGAAAUUUGCCAUUAGGGAUAUAGACACCGGCGAGUUUUUGGGUCCAUAUGAAAGUGGAGAAGUGUGCAUAAAGGGGGAGACGGUGAUGAAAGGUUACUACAACAACCCAGAAGCUACAAAAGAAACUUUCACCGAUGAUGGCUGGUUCUUAACAGGAGACGUUGGAUAUUACGACAACGAGUAUAAUUUUUAUAUAACUGACCGUAUAAAGGAGUUGAUAAAGUACAACGGAUUCCAGGUUGCUCCAGCAGAAUUGGAAGCUCUUCUGUUAUCACACAAGGAUAUUCAAGAUUGUGGAGUUGUCGGCAUCCCCAAUGAAAGAUCUGGUGAACUACCUGUUGCGUUCGUAGUAAAAAAAGACGGAUCAUCAUUGAGAGAAACUGAAGUACAAGAUUAUGUAAAAAGGAGCCUAUCUCAACAGAAGUGGCUGAGAGGAGGCGUUAUAUUCGUCGAUGAAAUACCAAAAACUGCGAGUGGAAAAAUUUUAAGGAGAAAACUACGAAUUUUGGCACAAGAAAUUUCGAGAAAAAUCUCAUGACAUUAAAAUUUGAUUCAUUAUUAAUCUAAGUAGCAGCUAACGUGCUUUUGUAUGAUGAAAAUAUGACUUUUAUAUGUGAUCCAAUUUGUGAGAAAAUAAUUGAACAAGGUUAUACAAGGAAGAGUUUCGAGAAGCUGUGCACGAUUGGAACAAUAAUCCAUAAUAUAAUACAAUAAAAAGUGUUUUCUCGAAUGAA